AUGUCUCUCGCCAACCUGGCCCUCCACCAAUCACCUGCAUCCCUCACUUCUUCAAGAUGUCGCUUUCCCCUAACCGUACCUAACCCCGCUUCAAAUCUCACAUUUCGGUCCGGACCAUCCAGGCCUCUAGGCAUCCGAGCCUCCGCCGAGCCUGAACCAUCCCAAACCUCCGACUCUUCAUCCACGUCAGCAGUGAAGGAGCCAGCAGCUGGCAAGGCAGCAGCUGGCAAGCCAGCGGCCGGCAAGGGGUUCGGGAAGGCGCCGCAGCAGCCGGCAGUGGUUCGGCGGCCGGCGCCGUCUCAGCCGUUGCUGUCGACUCGGCCGGUGGGCGAGGAGGAGAAGAAGGCGGCGGAGAUCGAGACGGCCGUGGUGGCUUCCUUAGGGUUCGUCUUCCUCCUCAUCAUCCUCGAAGGGUUGUUUCUCGCCGCUGCCGGUGCGUGCAAUGCGGGGGACUUGUGUGUGGGGGGGGGGUUGUGGGGGGGGGGGGGGGGAGGUGGGGCUGGGAGGGGGAAGGGAAGAGGAAGGGGAGGGGGCGUGGGGGGUGCUUGUGGGGAUGGCGGGGUUGGCUUCCUAUCGGAGGAGCUGGAUCAGCUGGCAAUGGAUCUCGUGUAUCCCGCUUUCUCCCCCACCGUGGCUGUUUUCCUCCUGGGCGCCACAGCCUAUGGUGCCUUCAAGGUCAUCGGCAUCGGUGGCAAGAAGCAAUAA